AUGACUGACGAUACAAACUCAUCUUCUGGAGAAUGGGAUAAGUUGGAGCCUCGGAUUCUUGUCAAAAUAUUUACUCUGCUGAGCAUAAUGGACCUGAUCUCGGGUGUCUCUAUGGUCUGUCACUCGUGGCUCUCGGCCUGUCGUGACCCAUCUCUUUGGAACACUAUAGAUCUGUCUGUCUUGACUUGUAGACGCUUUAACACCCCCCAGCUUCCAUACGCGUGGUCAGAUGGUGAUUCCAAAGACAGAAUGCUGCAUAUUUUAAAGUCGAUCUCAAGGAUAAGCGGAAAUAACCCGUCAACAUUAUAUUUCAACUUCUACAUUCGCUUAACCAAUGAACAUUUGGCUCUUGCUUCUGAAAGUUUUCCAAAUCUGAGACGGGUUGUUCUAUCAACUUACAAUAAUGUCACCCUGAACGGGUUCAGUAAUGCUGUUCAACAAUGGCAAAAUCUUGAAUCUUUAACCCUACCCGCAUUUUCCCGUCCAGAGUGCAUGAUUAUGGUUAUUGGGGAGAACUGCAGGAGAUUCUCUAAACUAAGAUUCACAUGCCCGUUUAGCAUAGAAAUGGCGAACGCCAUCAGGGCUUAUCUCCCAAACCUCAAAUCCCUGAGCCUCCGGAGCUCAUUAGUCGAUAAGGAAGCUUUGACGAUCCUCCUGAACGGCGAUACAAAGCUGGAGGUUCUCAACCUCUCACACUGUGUUUUCAGGGACAUCCUCAGGUCUUCUUUCGAGAAUUUCUACUUUUACCGAGAACUCCAACCUUCCAUCAUCAGGAAAGCUUCAAAGAUCAAGACUUUUCUCCACUGCAACAACAACUCGGAGUGCCGGCUCUGUCAGAGCCUGCCCAAGGCCGAGUUUGAGUACCGGGAACAGGUUUGGCGUGAAGACGAGGUAACUGAACUUGCAAUGUGA